GUACGAGUCCAAAUAUAUCUCGUAUUGUACAGUACAAUGUUAAAUAACCUUUUUAUUCUGUAUCUAUUUUAUUUUACUAUAAUAAUAGUUUAAAUUAAAAAUGUUUCUCUGAAUAUUGUAUUCCUGCCUUUUCUAGUUUCUCCCAGCUUGGUAUGAGUGCAAAUAUAUAUUAUACAGAACAAUGUUAGACCGUAAAUAACCUUUUUAUUCUAUAUUUAUUUCACUUCAUACGUAAUAUACGCAAUUCAUUGAAUGUUGUUUUUUCUGCGUAUCAUCAUUAAAAAAAGUAUAUGGUGCAACCUCCCUACAACAGCCAUUUGGCGAUUUGGGUGAUAAUAAUACUUGGCCGAGAUAUUAUGCCCACAAACAUUGUCAGCAAGUUUGGUGAAGAUCGGAUGAAAACUGGUCGACUUAAAAGAGCAGACAACGCUAAAUUCCCCGUUUUUCGAGUAAUUCAAGAACUAUAAUCAAAGAGUGUCUGGUACAGUUUGGCUGGUUAUCGAAACUGGCCGCGAUGUAAUGCCCACAAACAUUGUCAGCAAGUUUGGUGAAGAUCCGACGAAAACUGAAUUAUAGAGCAGACAUGUUUUGGAUGCUGACCGCCCGUCCGUUGCCAUUCAUAAUCUUCUCCAUUUUGUUUCUUAACCGUUAAAUAAAAAUUGCUGAGGUAGCUAUUCAGACAGUCAUGGCUGAUACCAAUUUUUAGGUUUCGUCCGGAACGGAUUCUUUAAGCGACUUUUCAAAUAUUCCAACAUCUGAUGAUCCUUUUUACUGUAUUUUUAAGUUUUUAAUUAUUAACGAACGUUUUAAUAUCUAAAUCAGAUAGCAUUGUUAUCCCUUGAAUCGUUUUUGUGUGUUGUAAACAAAAAAACUCAAAUUAAAUCCAGAUUUCAAGACGCAUUAUCAAACUCUGUACAUAGAGCGCCUACUUCAUCCGAUUUACAUUUGGAACAUUUUCACGCGUUUCGGGCUUUAUCGCAUGUUUAACAUGGGACUGCUGAACCGUCCAAAUACAGAAAAUACAGAAUUUUUUGUACGCGCGUGCGUCCAAAUACAGAAAAUACAGGAUUUUUGUACGCACGUGCAUCCAAAUACCGUAAUAUAUUGUACGGUCACGUGUUGCAAAUGAACGUUCGCGAUUGGAUAGAUAAAAUAGGUAUAGAAUAAUAAUGCAUACAAUCAGAAUAUGAAAAAUCCCUGACCAACAAUAUUGAUGCAUUGCACAUGUGUUAUAUUCCACAAGGGUAAAAAGGGCAAUAAGAGUUACAUAAAUGAAUCUAAGUUAUAAAUGUGUCGAAAAUUUAAAAUCGAAUUUCUUCUCAAAUAUCAGAAUUGAACAAUUUCAACGUCUUUUUAGUUUAUUUUAUUUCAUAUGUAUGUAUAUAUUGUUAUACUCUCUCGUAUACACGCAUGCAUGUACAUUUUAUGUGACGAUGAAUGUUCAAGUCAAGUUGUUAAUAAAAUUUCUGUUCUGUUCUGUUCUGAAAUAUCAGAACAAAGGUAUGUAAAGGUAACAAAUAUUUGUAUUAUUAAUUUCUUAACAUUUGAAUCAUUGAUUAAAAUUAGGUUAACCUAUCCUAUGUCCUUUUAUUAGACCUAUCCUUUACUCAUAUUCCGGGUAUCAAACGCCCUAGUUUGUUGUUUUUGUUAGUGCUGAAAAUUAUGUUGUACCCGUGUUAAUCAUCGUCGCUAUAUUGUUGCUACUACGCAUGAUUUAUGAUAAACAGCGAAAAGGCGAUCCAUUCAAGUAUUAAAAUUAUUUUAGAUACAAUCAUGGCUUUAAUGUUUUUGGUAUCAGUUACUAAUAGAUACUGCUUGGCGGUAUAAAAGCUAGAGUAUUUUGUCACAUAGAAUUACUGAAAUUCACAUAAUCAUUCGGAUCGUUUUGUAUUACUUUGUAUUUACAAUAAUUUCAAUUACAUUGAUAUCAUUACUGUCAGUUUAUAAACCUGUUGUUUAUUUUUUCGAAAUGGAGCAUAUUCUUAAAUUAUUUGCAUUAUUGUUGUGUGUAGUUUACGUCAGCGCAGGACAAUAUUACGCGCAUCUUCAAAACGGGAGAAGAGCAUCUGUACAGCAUAUAAGAGAUCCGCAUGAGAGAUCAGAAAGAAGUGCAAGUAGGAAACCUGAAGCAAUAUUUACUGAAUUUAUGGACUUUAAUGUCAGCCUGGAAAGUGGACAAACUAUUUCCCUUCACCUUAAACUUAACAGAAAGCAGAUAGGCAAAGUAUUAGUAAAGGUCAUAUCCGAAAAUGGUGUGGAGUUUUUCGACAACACAAAACCAAAGGAUUAUGCAUUCUAUCAAGUAAAUGGCGAAGAUCAUAGUGCUGCUGUUAUGGUGAGAUGUGAGAAAUUCCAGAAUCCAUGUUAUAUCGCUGGUAGUUUUUAUCACAACGGAGUAGAGUAUUUGAUUGACCCGGACACCGAUGUAGCUCACAUGACGUCCAGUAUUCCACACACAGUCUACAAAGUUAAUCCAAGAAAAAGCGUGCACUCUUAUGACCAUGACACUGUGCAAGUUGUGGCAGACAGCUCAGUUAACUCUAAUCAAGGCAAACGGAAUCGUCCGAGCAAUUUUCUUUCAAAUUUAUUAAAACUUCACCAUAAAGAAAGAACAAAGAGACAGACUACGCAGAAAAACUACAAAAUAGAACUGGAAAUGGUCGUUGCUGACGACGUGUACACUUUCUGGUUUUCAAGAAUGUCACAGAACAGAGAUGCGGCUUUAGAAAAGAUAGAAGAAUACUUUGAACAAGUGGCCAAUAUGAUGGACCUACGUUUUUCAACAGCGACUACUACCAACAUGACAAUAGAUGUUGUUCCGUUAAUCAUUACAGUUAUUCAGGAUCAGUCUAACAAUAGCUGGAUUGCAAACAAUAUUGUGAAUGUGGACAGUGAUGGGAACGAAGCAUAUCAUGCUGAAGAAGCACUGGACGAUCUUUAUGCUUGGGCAAGUGAGAACAGAGACCAAAAUGCUGAUGCACUUGUCUGCUUCUCCAGACGAGAUAUGUGGAGUUAUGGGCAACAAUCUGGAAGCGAUACUGCUGGUAUUGCAAGAUUCCUUAUCGAUAAUUUAGAAGACCAAAAUCCAGAGUCUAGUUUAUGUACCAACCAUGCAGUUUCUUUAGUUGAAGUGUUUCGUGAUGGUGACUCCUCCGCCACGGCCGCCCACGAACUGGCCCACAACAUGGGUAUAAAACAUGACGUGGAUUAUAAUGACACUGCAUGUCUAGACGAGAAGCUCUAUAUAAUGGCUGGCACGCUUGGAUUUGUUUCAACGGCUGAAGAUGCUAACAAUCCAUGGUAUUUCUCCAGUUGUUCUGUUUCUGAGAUGGACAGACUGAUGUCAACUGUAACUGUCGUAGAUGGUAAGACUUGUCUUGAACGCCAUUCAUAUGCCGUCAAUGAAUACAACACGAUCAGGACCUCCGACCUACUAGGAGAAAUCUUUUCCCUCGAUGAGCAGUGUAAACUACUAAAUGGAGAGGAUUCCUAUCACUGCAACAAUACAAUCAUUGCAAAAGAUGAGAUAUGUUGGAGAGGACUUUUAUGUAAAUCAAAACACAAUGAUUACUGUGACUAUAAGACUCCUUUGCCAGGAUCAAGUUGUGGAGGAACUAAAAAGUGUUAUCGUGGAGAAUGUGUUAACGCAUUACCAGCAGUUGUGACGGAAACGCCACCUUCAACAGUCUCACAGUCUUCAAAAUCAACGAUGUCACAAACUACCUCGGCUACUACAUCUGCUACCUCAACGACUAUUACGCCAUCAACUUCUACAUCGAAACAGUCACAAACAACAUCGCCUUCAUCAACUGUUUCAACCGCAGCAGCAUCUGCUUCUUUAACGUCAACAACUUCCAUACCAACUACAACUUCUAUAAAAUCUUCUUUGACAACUUCCGCUUCAACAACUUCGACAGAUUCUUCUACAACACAUUCGACAACUUCGACGACAACUUCAGCCGCACCCUCUUCAACAACUUCUGCAACAGAUGCAUAUACUGAAGAAGAAUACGACUGGCUUUAUUAUUUCUACAGCGAGUGCGGAAGCUCCUGUAGUUGUUGGCGUACAUAUUGUUGGUGGUACAAUCAAGUCAGUCUGUGUACACGUUUUGCUGGGGUUUGCUACGCCUAGAUUCGAAGCUCUCAUCAUUACUAUCUAGAUAGUAUACAAUAGGGAUUGAUUUGUUCUCACCUCUAUCGUAACUUAGGUGGUAUACAAUAGGGAUUGAUUUGUUCUCACCUCUUCCGUAACUUAGGUGGUAUACAAUAGGGAUUGAUUUGUUCUCACCUCUUCCGUAACUUAGGUGGUAUACUCAGAACACAACACUAACGAUCAUUGUCGAUACAGCGGCGUUAUCUUAUUAAUAUAUUCAUGUAAUCGUUAUAACUAUAUAAUACAUCACGACCUUUUUUGUUGAACAGUUUUGUAAAAUCACAAACAGAAAGGUUCAUUUUUACAAGAGUUGUCUCGUGAUCGUACAGCUAACUAUUCAAAGGCUUAUCAAUAAAAAAAAUCUAACUUAGAUAAGAUAUAUUGUUAAAAUGUAUGAGAUGGGGAAAUAUCGUUAGCUAUGAUACUUGUAGAGCAGGACAUCUUGAUGAACUUGUGUUCAGUACGUAUUUCAGCAUGUAGGUCAAUAAAUCUAUACUGUAGGGUCUAGGCUACCUAGCUGGUGAGGAAAAUGCUAUAAUUUUGAGAUAGCAUUCCUUAUUUGGCUUACUUCAAUAUUUUGUAGCUGGUGUAAAAGGGGUUAUUUUUAUAUUUCCGUAGUUUUUUCCUAGCUUGUUUUCUGGACUGACUGGAGGUUUUUUGAGGUGAAGAAGUUGCAAAUAUGUGAAAGGAAGAGAACAUAUCAUUUUGAAACAACUGCUGUACAUAUUCGUUAUAAAAUGAUUGUAGUGUAGAUUAGAAAUAUAAACGGAGUUGAACUUUGUGUUUUGUUUAUAUACAAAUUAUUUUUACAGUACUUAUCCGAACUCGAAAUGAGUUUGUACUCGAAAUAACUCGAAUGUAAUGUUCUUAUUCUUAAAAUUGUGUUCACGUUCAACAAAAUUAUGGGUAAUGCCAAGUUCGUAAUAACGAGAAAUAAAACAAAAUCGUUUAAAACAUUCAGUUCA